ACAGCGGCUCACGAGCAGGAAACCCAAGGAAAUAAAUAGUGCUCAAAGUGAAUCAAACCACAAAGGACAAAGCUCCAAAAAGGACCUCACAAAGGAUAAUAAUUUAUAGUGAUACGUUUGUUAAGUGAAUAAAAUAAAAACACGUUAAUGAAAUACAGAAAUAAUCGUGGCACAAUUUUGCAAAUACAAUUCAGAACAUUUCUAAGAUACGAUUUUCCAUGUUUAAUUCCAUUUGAGAGCUAAACGAAGACGACAUACGAAGGAUAUUGAACUUAUCGAAUUGGAAAUCAACUAACCAAGUUUGCACACACCUCGCCGGGUGGAAAGUCGACUCGAGAAGGUAUUCUCCCGGAAAAUCCUCGCAUCCCCACACACCGCACUAAUCCAGGAUCCAGGAUGUUUGCCACCCAGGAUACCAUUUUGAAGUUGCUGACUCUGUGCGCCCUGGCACAUUCUAUAACCGCCUUGGCCCUGUCGGAAAAGUCUCCUGCUCCAGGAUCUGCUCCCUUGGAGCCGAGUCACAAGUACUUGAUCGUGCGAGGGGAGUAUCCGGGUGGCGCUUCCGGAUCGGAGGAGCAUGUGGAGUUCGACAAUGCGGCCACUCUGCUCCUGCGAGCCUUCAAAAACCAGCAGGUCACCGCUUCCAAGGACUUGGAGGAGUGCAGUGCUCCCAGUCACAAGGCCACGUUCUCGGGAUACGAUUAUGUGAUCCUGUUGGGCAUGUUGGUCAUCUCCUUGGGCAUCGGAAUAUUCUACGGGUUCUUCCAAAAGGGCGGCAGCUCCUCCAAUGAGUUCCUGCUGGGCUCCGAGAUGAGCAUUUUCCCAGUGACCCUCAGUCUGACAACAAGUUUCAUUACGGCCAUUGAACUGCUGGGAAAUCCCUCCGAGAUGUACUUCCAGGGCACUCAGUUCGUGCUCAUCGUUAUCCCCAUGGUGCUGGUUAUCCCGGUGGCCGUGAAGAUCUUCUACCCUAUUUACUUCAAAAUGGAGCUCACCAGUUGCUACGAAUACCUGGGCAUUCGGUUUGGCAAGGAAAUCAGAAUUCUAGGAGCAGUACUCUAUGUUAUACAGAUGUGCUUCUAUACUGCAGUGGCUGUUUUGGCUCCUGCAAUUGCUCUUUCGAAAGCCACUGGCUUGGACACCAAAAUAGCCGUGAUCCUUAUUUACGUGGUCUGCGUUUUCUACUCCUCACAAGGUGGCAUGAAAGCGGUUGUCAUUGCGGAUUCAUUCCAGGCUGCUGUCCUGGCUGUAUCCUUAGUGCUGAUCGUGGGUCUGGGAAGCUAUUACAGCGGCAAUCCCAUUCAGGUUUUCCAAACUGCUGCUGAACACAAUAGAUUGGAGUUCUUCAACUUCGAUCCCAGUCCUACUACUCGUCACACCGUUUGGUCUGUGGUUAUCGGUGGCUUUUUCUACUGGACUUCGCUGUUUUGCACCAAUCAAGCCUCCGUGCAAAAGUGCAUGUCCUUGAAGUCCUUGAGGCUGGCCAAGAUUGCCCUGGGUUUCGCCAUAAUUGGUUUGAUUGCAGUGUUCCUGCUGAACUUCUACACCGGUCUGAUGGUCUUCACCCACUAUUCCGACUGUGAUCCUUUGACGGCAGGACGUAUCUCGGCCACGGAUCAGUUGUUGCCCUAUUAUGUGAUUAACACCUACGAGCACAUCUACUCUGUUGCGGGAAUCUUUGUGGCUGGCAUCUUUGCAGCCAGUUUGGGAACUGUGGCCUCUGCCUUGAACUCCUUAUCCGCUGUGACCUGCGAGGAUCUCCUCGUCAACGGCAUGAACAUCAAAAUCUCUCCCGAAAAGGGAGCCACCUACGCCAAGUGGAUGUCAUUGGGCUUUGGCAUUGCCUCCUUUGGCCUUGUUUUCAUCGUGGAACAUCUGGGAGGAGUUCUGCAGGCCACUUUGACCCUGAAUGGUUUGAUUGGCGGUGUGACCUUGGGCCUUUUCGUCCUGGGAAUCGCCUGCAAGCAGGCCAAUACCAAAGGGGCUUUCUAUGGUGGUCUUUUAUCCUUGGCCCUGGUUAUUUUCGUGGGAGUGGUGGCUCAGAUUGCCAGUGUGGAAGAGCCUGCGUUGCCCACAUCCAUCGAGAAAUGCGAUUGUCACGUGAACUUGACAGACAUCAUUGGAGAUCUGCUCAAGGAACCCAUGGAUGUUGUGGGAGAGGGUGGAUUCACAUCGUGGCCCAUUUUCCGGCUGAGCUACAUGUGGUACAGCAUGAUUGGCUGUCUGCUCACAGUUUUCCUCGGCUUGAUAAUCUCCCUGAUAAUCGACUUCGUGCAAAGGCGCAAUGUGCUGAAGAUCACCGGCAAGGGCAUCGACAAUCCCGCCGUUUCGGAGGAGAUCUUCAAGAGCGACUCCCAGGUGCAGUACACCAACACGAGCAAUGUGACCACCACCACGUCGAUGGAUCCCCAUCCCCGCGAGACUCCCAGUGACGAGGGCCAUGUGAACCAUGCCAUUCGCAUCGACGACGAAUAGAACUCGACCCGAAAAUGAAACUCGAACGAGGAUGGGGGUCAACCCGACUCCCCAUCCCCAUUGGUGUAUUCCUUGUGUAACCUGUAACCUCCAUGUACAAAGACCAGUCGCAAUCUGUUAACUGUCCUAGUUUAGUCGAAAGAGUGAUUUCUAGUUCGUAAGUCCCAGCCGAGGUUGUUGGCUCAGUAUUCUGUAUACACACACUUACUAAUGUUACUAUUUUUAGUUCGUUUUACUCGUAAGGCAUCAUGCAAAUAAAACCUAUAUAUUCCUAAUCAGCAUUUGUCGCUGAAAUUUCAAAAA